GAAACCGACAUGUAGAUCCUCGUUCUACGUUAUCCCACUAUCCACGUUGCACGGAAUCCACGCCCCUAUCAUGCUGUCGAAUGAUGGUUUUCCCGUAAAGUCGGAAAUGUACGACUCCACCAUGAUACCGGCUGCUCCUAUCAUGUACCUGGGCUGCCCUCGAUGUGACGGCCUGCUCGGCACCCAGGACAUGUAUGCACAUCACGCCGCCAUCUGUGACGGUAACCGGCAGACCUCAUCAUGUCAGCUGUUUGCAUGCCCCAGAGACAUGUUUCUACAACUUCUCAGCAAAGAUGUCGAACUCAUAUCUGACUUCUCCAUUUGUGAACUUGACGAUGCCAUUCUAAAACAAGGGAAACAAAUUCUUCAUCCUUCAACCUCAUCAAGUUCAGUACAUAAAACGAACAGUGUUCAUAUUUUGGGGAGAACUAGAUCUCAGGAUUACACUGUUGAGGACAAAAAUGUUCUGAGUCCAAGUAUUGAUUCUCCAAAUACAAAUAUAGUUGAUGUUCAUUUAGAUGCUCUGGAGAAAGAUGUCGGCAAGAGUCAGUUAACCCUCUCCGAGGCAGAGCAAGCAGCUGAAACUAUGUAUAACAGUUUUGUUCAAGAAACAGAAAACAUCUUUUCAAAAGACGAUAAUCAGAUUGAUGCUUGCAUGACGGAUGAAGACGAAAGUUGCAAGACAGUCCUGGAAACUGAAGACGCAGUGGAUAAGUCUCACUGGGAUGAAUUUGUGAAAGAUAAUCACACUGUGUAUAGGUGUAGACUUUGCAGCCAUGAAUCCAACUAUCUGGGUUUUAUGAAGCGUCACAUUCGAGCCCACAACAAUGGGGAAGUGCUGCAAUGUGACCAGUGUGACUUCACCACAAUUUGGAAGAGUCAGCUGCAGGUGCAUAAGAGUAAACAUGCUCAGCCCAGCUUCCUGUGUGAACACUGCCCCAGGAGAUUCAAGAACAAGUCAAGUCUCACCAGACACAGUGCCAAGAAACAUAAUGGCAAGAGCAACUUCUUGUGCACAUACAGCCAGGACUGUGGAUUUGUGGGAGUCAACAGUGCAAAUCUCAGAGACCACAUGAGGAAACACACAGGAGAAUUGCUGUUUUGUGACUAUGGUCAGUGCAAGUUCAUGACCAAGUUUGAGAAGGCUCUGAGCCUUCAUAAAGCUAAACACCAGGGAAUAACAAGGUACGUGUGUGAGAUUUGUGGCUACAAGACCAUAGAGACAGGCAGCUUCAAACGCCAUUGUCUGAUCCACAACGGAAAGAAACUGUUUAAGUGUCCUGAUUGCUCAUACAAGGGAACAUCAAGAUACGUUGUUGUGAAGCACAUCUACGGUAAACAUAUUGACCACAAGAGAUACGCUUGUAAUCGCUGUGACUUCAAGACAGCAUACUACAGUGGACUGUCCAUGCAUCUCAUGGCACAUGAAGGCAUCAAACCAUAUAAAUGCAGCCUAUGUCCUUACAGAAGCAAUUUGUCCAACAAAGUCAAAAGACACUGUUCCCAAAAGCAUGUUCAAAAUGUUGCCAAAGUUAUCAAAGUUGAGAACUGCCUCAAAUUUGAUGUAAAAGAUUAUCUCAAUCCAGAUGUUCAUAAGAUUGAUGUGAAAGUGAUCCGCCUUAACGGGGACGGCGAAGAAGAACAAGAGGAAGAAGUAGAGGAUCUGGCUGGAGAGGUUGCAGCAGCACCAGUAGCUCUUAAUGCAGACAUUGUGGAGGAUGAAGGGCUUCUAUGUGAAUCUAGGAUCUCAUCUCUACCACAAGGAAGCCCUGACGACCUUGAGGACAUGUCCAUCAUGGGCGGAGGGUUCAGUCUGUGCAGUGACCCAAACUUUCCUCUAGAUACUGUUCCCCAGAGCUUCCAUUCAGAGGACUCUAACAGUGUUUUUGGAACCAGGAAUGUGCGGUUGGAUUCUGCUGCAGGGCCUGUACUUGACCUGAACAAGUUUCAUGUUGAUAAGGGCAAGAUCCCUUAUCUGGACUCUCCAGAAGCCAGCCUUCACAUGACUGAAGGUGCCGAGCAGAUUUUAUCGGAUAUAUCUGAGAACUUUACGAAUGUGAAGACCAAUCCUUUCAGAAGUGUUGGGUUGGGGUUACGAUCUGAAAGUGUCGACAAUCUAUGUCAGAUAAAAUCUCCAAUGUCAAAGUCUACUGAGUCCAUUGAUACCCUUGAUCUUGCAUUACAAAUAGACAAUAAGAUCAUGCAAUCACAGGAAGUUCCUGUAAGCUUUGAAACCAAGACCCAUCUUCCUGUGAUGUCAGCUUCCUCUCCCCUGUUCCAAGUGAUACAGCUUCCAUCCACCUUACCAAUAAACCAAGCCUCCAGCUGUAUAGCUGAACCUGCCAAACCCCUCCGAAGUUUGCUGUCUCCAGAUGUUAUGAAAUCCCUGUCUGGAACCUCAUCUGAUGUCAGUGCCCCAGCUGAUGCUAGUCAACAGCAAAACCAAAUAUCCAUUGUGUUGAAAGUACCAGCUGGUGGUGGUCAAGCAUCUGGAAAAACUGCUAUCCUCUCCCUUCCACAAACUGAUGCCAACCUGAAAUAAGACUUUUAAUGCUUGGUUUACAAUAUUUUUGUUCCAUUGUCAAAAUAAAGUGAAACUAUGUUGCAUGUAGAGUCAGUAGGUUGAGAAUUAAUUCAUUAACUUUUUCUGUAUUUCAUUUUUAUGAAAUAAGAUGUUAUAGAAUUGAUGGCAUUUACAUGAGAAGCAACAUGGUAAUGAAUCCCAGUGAAGCUAUGGUUAUUAAAUGCAGAAAUCAUUGAGCAUUUAUCUCUUGUCUCAGACAGGGAAACAGUUUGUUAUUCUAUUCCCCUUACAUGUCAUUGUCAGACCUAGAGGUUAAAGAAAACGUGGACUUUUUAAUAAUCCGCAUUCCAGAUUUUAAGUGUUGUUUGAUCACCCUAACAAGAAAUCUAUAAUUAACUCACCCCUAGCAUGAAAUUAACAAAAAUAACUUUCCCCUAAAAAUAAAUGUAAUAACUCACCCUUAACCGAAGUAUCCCCGCGUGUUGUUAGCUUGUUGUUAUUUGUUUAUUAGAAUGAAUUGUGAUACUGUUAUUACCCAUUGGCUUAUUCUACCUCACUGUGCAGCAAAUGCACACAAUGGUUGUCAUGGUGUUGGCCUUUACAUAUGGCCACCCAACAAAUGAUUCUUAAAUAUGCGUAUUGUAUAUGUAUGGAAUGAAUCAUGUUAUUGUGCAUUGGGUAUGUUACAACAAGGUGAUUUACACACCUACCCCUGCACUGUGUUGAUGGCUGUUAACAUCUACUUGACCCUUGAUGUUGUUAUUUUGUUGAUAACUCAAACAUAUAUCUUGGAAUGAAUCCUGUUGCUCCUU